GGCACCAGAUCAUGCGUAAUGCCAGGCGGCACAUAGAAGAGUUAUGCAGCUGGUGGUCGGCUUUUAUCCAUCUUCACAAUCUAUCUCUGCAUCUUCUACAACUUGCUGCUUUUAUUAUCAACACUGACCCGUUAUUUUCAUGGACGAAAACAAGACCAAGAAUAUUAAAGGCACCAAGAAGAUGCGGGGACCAACAUCCCACGAGAUGUUGGAUUCAUCUGGUCGACUCUAAUAGAAGACGCCGAGCCUACUGAAAGGGAACUCGAUGAUGUCCUCUGCAUGCCAGCGCCUCCUUUGUCUAGUGGGCUUCCAUACGUUGAAAUGGAUGGCGCCACUACUAGUACAGGAUCAUCGUCUUCAUCAAGUAGCACCUCAGUUUCAGACAGUAACAAGACACCACUGUUAGACCACGGUGUUGACAGUGAGUCCCAUCAGAGGGCUGUACUGCAACAACAACAAGAGUCAACCAAACAGUCCAAAGCAGAGGAGCUAGACGAUUUCUUGUCGACUUGUGAAACCGCAGCCGUUGAUCAACUUGGGGAGAAAAGUGCGAGUGCGGGUGUCGACAGGAAAAAACUUUACAUUGAGGACGUAAAUCGUGCGGAUCUGCGCAAAAACGUGCUUGUCUACGUCCUCUUCGCGAUUUGCUUCUUCAUGUCCGUUUACACAGGAGUAAAAACGGUCGUCUUCGAGCCGACCUACAACGGUUCGAUGCUGAUUGGGUAUUUGUUGUUAAGACAAAGCAAGGCAUCAAAUAUGAUGAAGCGUUUAUUCGCUAUCAGAUGACGCUCUCACGGGUGGUGCGCUUUGCGAACAGCGUAUAGACCCUCUAUACGAGGCACCAGAAUUCUUUUUCAUCCAGGAUUCCUCAUCUUGACACCUCUAACAUCCGGUUCCGGCGUGAUGCUGAUUAACAUCGAGUUUUUCCUUCUGCG